AUGGGGAAUUCAAGCGGGAAGCAGGUCUGCUUCGACGAUGAUGUAAACUUGAACCAUUUUCGCCUUCUUCGAGUGGUCGGAAAGGGCGCCUUCGGCAAGGUUCGCAUCGUGGAGAGAAAGGACACAGGGUUGACAUUUGCAUUGAAAUACAUACGCAAAGACGAAGUUGUGAGGUCGGAAAGUGUACGGAACAUACUCAGGGAGCGACGAAUGCUGGAGCACCUGAGCUAUCAAUUCAUAUGCAAUCUGCGGUACAGUUUUCAAGACAUUGAGUACAUGUACCUCGUAGUCGAUUUAAUGAACGGCGGCGAUCUACGAUUCCACAUUUCGAGAAAGACUUUCACAGAAGAGGCGAACGUUGCCUCCGAUUAUAGCCCAGGUCGUCAAUUAACAAGCAAAUCCGGUACUCUCGCAUAUCUUGCUCCCGAAGUAUAUACAGGCACUGGUUAUGGGCCAGGGGCGGACUGGUGGUCGCUGGGUGUUUUGUUUUACGAAUGUAUCUACAACAAGCGCCCAUUUGAUGGCAGCACUCAUUCUAGCCUCGCAGCCCAAAUCACCAAAGCCAACCCAAACUUUCCAAUUACGAAUCCCCCGGUAACGAUGCCAUGCCUUCACGCAAUCAGCUCAGCUCUCGAAGAAGACCCAAGCAAACGCAUGGGGUCAAUGAGCUUUGAGAGUUUUAGUGAUAAUCCAUUUUUUAGACCAAUAGAUUUUGAAGCACUGGAAAGAAAAGAAGUGGAACCCGUUUUCAUCCCAUCUGGAGAGAAGACCAAUUUCGAUGCGACAUACGACUUGGAGGAACUAUUGUUGGAGGAAGCACCUUUAGAAGCGAGGGCGCGACGGCAGAAACCUAGGGAACAACUUAGAGAGGACGCAACCGAUAAGGAAAUCCGGGAGGAUGAACUCUACAGACUGAUCGAAAACCAAUUCGCAGCAUUCGAUUAUACGCAAGCAGCAUUUGAGAAAUUUGCAGAAGGUAAAGACCCAACAAUAGGUGUCGCCACAAGCGAGAGUCCAAUCGAUUCUCCUCAAAAAUCUCCUCGAACCCGUAGAAGGGUGGCAAGUACCCAAAGCAGUGUUCAUAGCAGCAAAGGUAGUGCUUCACAUUCAGCGAGUACUCAGCCUGUUUCGAGGUUACGGAAUCAGAACUCAAAAUCGGGAACUCCCUCACCCUCAGGAUCACCACCAAUGGAUCCGCCUCCUCUACCCAACGGCCAUUCGCAAUCAAAACCUCCCACUGUUCGGACAGUCUCAACUACCUCGAAUCCAAAACCACCAAUAUCACCAUAUCAACCAUCAUAUAGCAGGCCUACGAGACCUGGAGGUUCGAGAAAGGAAUCAAUGGGAGGUGGCAUGCAAGUAGUCUUGGGCGAAACCGGAAGCUGGACCGAAUUAGCCAAGAAGGAUGCUACUCUUCCUGUAGAUGCUAAACUGAACGAUUCAGACAAUAGACCGAACGGUAUGUUGGGCUUCCUAAGCAGGAAGAGAGGCAGGGGACAUAGUCCUAAGCCGCAGGAGCGGGGCAUUUUGGGGAAGGAAGGUGCCAGAGUUGUCAUUAGUAGUGGGGCCUCGACGGCUAAAUAG